AUGGGUAAUCUUCUAGGGAGAGAAGUUAUGCCGUCAGAUCUCUUGUGUUGUGAGGUUGUGUCGGGUAACCUUCGGGGAAGGUUAGGCCGCCAGAUCUCUUUUGUGUGUGAGGUUGUGUUGGGUAACCUUCGGGGAAGGAUAUGCCAACAGAUCUCUUUUCUGUGUAAGAUUGUGAUGGGUGAUCCUUCGGGGAAGGUUAUGCCGUCAGAUCUUCAUGGCUAUGCCGCUAAACCUCGAGUGCAUGCUAACAUGGUGGUGCGUAAGGCCCAUAUGUUGAGUAUGACUCCGAUGUGGAAAGAUCACGGACGGCUGAGCCGCCAGAUCUUUCAAGGUUCUUGUGUGUACUCUUCCGAGGCAAGGGAAGCUCUGCCGCAGAACCGGUGGUAUGAGGCAUAG